AUUGAGAAUGAAUUUGAUUUUGAUAUCAUCUAUAACGGGAGUGUACUACGCUAUCUGAUCAAAAAAACACUUAAACUAUCAUGUGGCGUUAACAUCCCACCCAUAUAUAUAUUCUUUUUUUUUUUUUUUUUUUUCAUUACAUGCUUUUCCUUUUUAGACUGUAGGUAUUACCCACACCAUUCAAAAUUUUUGUCCAGCUUUCUAAAUGACAUUAGUGAUCAGUGUGUUACAAAAUCAAUCUUAAAUCAACUCGUAGUUUCAGUAUUGUGUCUGAUGAUUGUAUUGAGACAGCAAAGAUCUUGAUAGAAUCAGAGAGAUUCAUUUUUCACCUGGCCACCUCAUAUGUGACGUUAAUUAGUGAGAAAACCAAAGAAAAAGAGAAGCACUUCAAAAGAGUGAGAAAACCAAAGAGAGAGGAAUCUAGAGAGAGACGAACUCAGAGUGAGAAAAGCAUAAAGAAAACGUAGAAAAUACAGUGUCUGAAAACACGCACAAGAAAAGAAAGCCAAACGACAAAUAGACCAUCAAACAAACACAUUACAAAAUGCAAAGAUCAACCCAACCACCACCGUUCGCCACCACCGCCGCCACCACCGACAACAGAACCACCACUCUCUGCUGCCUCAUAGCCACCUCCAUCUUCUCUCUUCUCUUCAUCCUCUACCUCUCCGCCUCCCAACCACCCCCACCGCCACAACCAGACCCGUUUCUCUUCCCCAACGGCCAAGCCCAGAACCACCACCACCACUACCACCGCCUCCUCAACCACCAAAUCUCCUCCGACCCAUCUCCGCCCAGUCCUCCCUCCAUCGCCUACCUCAUAUCCGGAUCCACCAAUGACGCGGGUCGGAUCCUCCGCCUCCUACUCGCCGUAUACCACCCAAGAAACCAGUAUCUCCUCCACUUAGACCUCUCUGCUCCCCAAGCCGACCGCGACUUUCUCGCUCUCUUUGUCCAGUCAGUACCCGUUUUCAAAGCUGCCCAGAACGUCAAUGUCAUAGGCAAGGCCGAUUUUGCUUACCCGAAAGGGUCGUCUUCGAUUUCAUCCACAUUACAUGGUGCUUCGAUUCUUCUUCGGGUUUCUGCAAAUUGGGAUUGGUUCAUCAAUCUCUCUGCUGCUGAUUACCCAUUGGUCACACAAGAUGAUCUUCUUCACAUUCUGUCCUAUCUGCCUAAAGAUCUUAAUUUUGUGAAUCACACCAGUUACAUUGGAUGGAGAGAAUCUCGGAGGUUGAAGCCGAUAAUUGUUGAUCCGGGGCUUUAUCUUUCGGAGAAAAGCGAGAUGUUUUAUGUCACUCAAAAGAGGGAACUUCCAGAUGCUUACCGGUUAUUCACAGGUUCAUCAACUGCUAUUUUGAGUCGCAAGUUUGUUGAUUUCUGCAUCUUGGGUACAGACAACCUUCCGAGGACUCUACUCUUAUACCUAGCAAACACGCCUUCGUCUCAUUCUGUUUACUUCCCUACCAUUUUAUGUAAUUCUCGACAGUUCAAUAGAACAAUUGUAAACCACGGUCUGCAGUUUUCUUCCUUUGACACCAAACAGAAGCCCCUCCAUCUCAACUCCAAUGACUUUGAUGACCUGAUCAAGAGCGGAGUGGCUUUUGCCUCGCCAUUUCUCCCAGAUGACCCAGUGCUUAACCGCAUUGACCAAGAAGUUUUGGGCCGUGGUCCUGGAAAACCAGUGCCUGGGGGUUGGUGUUUAGGUGAACCAGGUAAUGAGACGUGCACUGUUUGGGGAGAUGCUGAUAUAUUGAGGCCUGGACCUGGGGCAAAAAGGCUUGAAAAGCGUGUUUUUGCAUUACUCUCGAAUGGGACAUUUCAGUCUCAUCAAUGUGCAAUUAACUGAUUCCCCUCAAGACCAAAAGGGGGGACACAAAUUAAAAGAGGGGAUGAAAAAAAAGAAAGAAAUCACUGCUUUUCAAUGUGAUUUUAGGUGAUCUCCCCUUUCAAAACCAGAAGAGGGGGAGGGGGAGGGGGAGGGGGAGGAGAAAGAAGGGCAAAGAAUGACCUGCCACAAGUUGCCCAUUAACCAUUUCGAUUUUGAAAAUUUGUUACCUAUUAACUUUAUAACUUGUAAUUGUUGUAUUAUUAGUAUUAUUUUUUCAUCGGCAAGAAACUCACACGCCCAUUUGUCCUAUUGGACUUUAAACCCGCACCUUUUCAUUUUGAAAGGCAGAAGAGAUACCACAAUGAGGGCUUUGGUUGUAAUUGUUUUAUCAUUACAAAUUGAAGUGGAGUUUGUUGCAAAUUGAAUUGUGGUUAAUUAAGAAUAUAUUGGUUUUUUUUCCUUC